AUGUUUUAUCCAUUUGAGGGACGUGUGGCAGAAAACACCAACGAAAACUUAGAAAAGGCUAAAAGUGGGCUGUUUACUUGGGAAUUGGGGUGCCUUAAUGAGAUCGGACCAGAAACAACAGUCAACCAGUCAAUAAGCAAUGAAAAAAAUCCAACAUCCGGGUCAUCGGAACACUAUAGCUUAUUUGACUGGUUCCACGAAGAUAAUACCAAGGAUGUUAAGGAAAUUCUGAGAAAGGUAUCUUUAGUGGAAGGAUUAGGGUCAUUUACCAACUCCCAAGUUGUUGAACAGUUUUUCAACAGCAUGAGAAGAGAUCUUUAUUUCCUAAACGAGAUGUCUCCAGCUGUUCAUGUUUUCAUCUGUCGCCUCAUGUUGCAAUUCCACAAUGAGAAAUCGAACAACUUAAUAAAAAAGCAACAGAGUAAGUUAUUUCCAACAGAGAUGUCUUUAAACCAGUUAGGUCAGUUAUGUCAGCAGUUUGGAGACGACAUCAAUGGUAUACAAACAUCAAUUGUUGAGAAUUUGGAAAUACGAGAAGAUCAUGGAUCAGGAAACGUUGGUCAGCCAUCAGAUGUCACCACACAGAAUACUUGCCCUACAGCUACUAGUAUGACUGAUAGAUCACCUUGCGCAGUUCCUUUACAUUUUCAGGAGCUAUCGCAAAUACAGAGCGCACUAAACUCGUCAGCCAGGGAGAAUUAUUCGAUCUAUUCCUCUUUAAUGCUGUCUACUUUUGAGGAAAAAAUAAGAGAGCUCACAAACACCUGGGACAACCUUUCUGACGAAGAAAGACAGGCUAUAUCACUGAACAUGGACUAUGUAUCAAAUGUUCUCUUUAAAUGUCCAUCGGAGAGAAGACUGUCAGAAGUGUCAAGCAUUUUUGUUGCAGGAUCGUAUAUACAGUGGCAGGGACCUACAAAUUACUGUGGUUUGUGUGCAGUAAAUAACAUCAUUGGUUCAAGCCCUGACGGAAUAUUUCCUGUAUUAAUAGCGGACAUGGAUUACAUCGCAGAUGAACUGUGGCUGAAUAUGGCUGGAGAUCCCAUAGUUCCGCUAACGUUUCCGAUACCUGCACUUCGUGACAGAGAGGGAUUUUAUAGUGGAGAAGUCAUCAUCCAAACUCUCGAGAGGCGGUCAUAUUCGACGACAAGACUGCAACAUGAUGUCCUUUCUUCCACAGAAGAUAAUGAAAUCAUAAACAAUCUGAUGUCCUUCGAAGAAAUAAAGGGAUUGAUAAUUAGAAAGUUUAACGAAGCACAUUGGAUUUCAAUUCCAAUAAUCAACGAUCAAUUUAUCUUCAUAGAUCCGAAAGUGAAAGCACAACGUACACUUCCAUCAAGCGAUGUAUGUCAAUUAAUAAGGAGCCAUUGUUUUCACCCUGGAGCAGUUUACAUUGUGCAGAAGGACACUUGUCAAACUGGUACAGAUGGCAUCGACGAAAAAAUUGGUAGUACAGAUGUAGAAGAAAAUUAUGAAGAGGGAUCAUUCAGAAUGAGGUUACAACGCCCGGUUGUCACUAUCAAAGUUAAAAUGGACAAUACAACGGAAGACAUAGAAGAACAAACCAGUGAUGGAAAUGACAAUGGAACAAAAGAUCUGACUAACAGUGAAAAUACAAUGGUGAAACGUAAUUACGAAUUAAGGAAGAAACCACCAAAGAAAAGAAGGAAGAGUUUUUGGUAUGAAUACGACCAGAAGAAGAUUGCCAAGAGAUUGCCAUGUUAUUCUGUGGAAGACAAUCUUAGAAAUACAGAUGAGGAUGACGAUCCACAAAAUGAUGAAGAGGACAGUAUAAAAGAUUUGUCAGUGAGUUCUGAAAUGAAAAUCGACGUUAAACAGCUAAAUAAAGACAGUCCAGAUAAGCAGGAAGUUGGAGACAGUGAAGAUGAAGAUGAAGAUAUAGAUGAAGAUUUCUCAAUGGAAUUUGCAGAUUUUGAAAAAAUGCGGAUGCUGACUUAUGUCAAUGAAAUCAUGCACUGUGAGAACAGUAAUUGUGAUGAGGCUGAUCAUGAGCGCCACCAUCAGUUUAUUGGCAGCCCUGAAAUGAUAGUCAAUAGAGAGAGGAGAAGAUUAGCCUUUGGCUGCGGAGUAAUUUCUCAAAAGAUUAUUAGUGCUCUGCUCAAAUAUCUGACAGACAAUUUGGUGUACAAUCAUCACGAGCCCUUCAGAUUCGGCGGCAGAAGGAUAAGGAAGCUGACACAUAUUGAACUUCAAAAUAUUUUCCUGGAAUAUAAGUUUUUUGCUGACCACUAUGUGACCUUUGUUUUACAUAAGGAGGCAAUCAUAUACUUCCACCAGAGGAAGACAGGGUGUCCAUAUGAGUUAGCAAACCAAAAAUGUAUGGAUGCAGAAGUGGAUAUGUAUAUUGAAUGGAAAAAGAAGCAUAGAAAAUAACUAUGAGCAUUCAAAUUGAAUAUAUUACAUUUUAUUUUUGUUUGUUUGUAUAUAGUAAUUAUGAUGGUCUUAUAUAACAUCAAUAUUCAACGUUUUAUGAUGAUAUUUUUAUUUUCUUAUUGUUUUAAAAGCUGUAGCUUAUUAGUAAAAAAAGAAAUUGUAAAACAAGAUAACAGCAAUAUUAAUGAAAAGAAAAAACAAGACAACAAAUGCAGAGAAUUUAUAUGAAGUAGUGGAUAUAGAAAGGAAAAUCAACAAGAACCUUUAAUCGCAAGUUGAUUAUCGUUUCUGAAUUGACUAAAACACGGUUUUAAAUUUGGAACAUAAAUCAAUAGAAGUAUCUAAAAAGAAUUUCAAUUUUAUUUUUUUAUUCUUGAAUGUGUGGGAAUUAAUACGGUUCACAUCUAUAUUUAGGCAUAUGAAAAUUAAAGAAAGUUUAAUAUUGUA